AUGAACUCAUCUCGCGCCUCUUCGACGGGCACCGAGUACAAUCCGCGCAAGCGUGGCAGGACAGCUUGUACACGCUGCAAGAACCGAAAACAAAAAUGUGGCAAUGAGUAUCCUGAUUGCGCAAACUGCCGGAAAGCCGGCGUUGAGUGUGAUAAAUCUUUAGUUAGCCAUGAAAGCGACAACACAUCGGGAUAUACGCGAGCUCUUGAAGAGCGUGUUGCCUUUUUGGAAGGCAGACUAACGGAGCUUUUAGAACGCAGAGCUGAUACCUCAAUCUCAAGUGAUAAUCCUACCCGCAUUGUCCACCCCUUGUCCGCUGCUUCACAGCGACAAACACCUGAUAAUGUUCAAACUGGGGUGAAUAGUAGUAUGCUGGGUGAAAUUGUCGGCUUUCUUUCCCUCAACUCAUCAGAGUCGCCAGCCUAUAUUGGAUCGAGCUCGGGGCUGUCCUUGGCUGUUAACUUGGGCGAGAUGGUGCGAGCCACAGUUAUGACCAAGGCGUUCCCUGAUUCUUCAGAUAGUAGCAAUCAACGGUCAAGUCGUGAUGCUACAAACACAACCAGCACGAGCCAUCCUUAUAAAGCAAUCAACUUGGAUGAGUUGCUGAAGCAUCGUGCUAAUCCUCCCAACGAUGAAAUGGGGUCGCGUAUCUUGAAUACGUACAUAGACCGCGUGCAUAGUAGAUAUCCAUUUCUCGACCGAGAUGAGUUGUGGAAAUUGCACAACGAUCGUUGGCGGCUGGCAAGAACAAAACCCGAAGACUUGGCUCAGAGCGAACGCUUUGGCAUAUUCAGACUCUAUAUGGUAUAUGCUAUUGCCUCGACAUUGAUUUCACUCAUAGAAAAAUAUGAUUACAUUGCUCCUGAGAAAUUCUACAUGACAGCUAUCCAACAUGUCGCAGCAGCGUGCGAGACUAGGUCAAUUCAGAACAUCGAAGCCAUGUUGCUUCUAGUGAUAUACCACCUCCGGUCUGCCACUAGUCAUGGCUUGUGGUAUAUGAUAGGACUAGCAAUGCGAACAUGCAUUGAUCUUGGACUUCAUCGGAAGAGCAGCACACCACAGCUGGAUGCAUACGCAAUUCAGCUUCGUCGACGACUGUUCUGGACUGUAUACUACCUAGAACGAGCUAUUGCAGUUUCCCUGGGACGGCCUGUUAGUAUCAAUGACCGACACAUUGAUGUUGACUUGCCUUUAGAUGUGGAUGACGACGUUCGUGACACUGCAGCUUUAGUUUCUGAACAAGCGCAACAGGAUGCCGACAAGACGACGAGUCUUUCUCUAUUUCGCGCUCUUUUACGCAUCCGCCAGAUUGACUCAAAGAUUCAACAUACCAUUUACCGUGCUGACAGGCCCCUACAAGAGCUCAGGCCGAAAAUAGACAAACUAUACCGUCUAUUAGAAGCAUGGAAAGACUCUGCGCUCUCACGCUUCCAGAGCGAGUUGGAUUUUGCAAUGCUACAUUAUAACAGGUCGGUUCGACUACUCAUUCAACCAUUUCUACCUUUACUUCCCAUAACCGACCCAUACUAUCAUAUCUGUCUCCGAGCAUCAGGAGAUAUAUGCCAAGCUCACAAAAAGCUACAUCAAACCUUGGAGUAUGGACAUUCAUUCCUUGCCGUGCAAACUGUGUUUGUUUCUGGUAUAACAAUGCUAUACGCGCUCUGGGCGAAUACCGAUAAAGUAUGGUCCGUCCGUAUGAGCAAUGACAUCCGGGCUUGUUCGGCUGUUCUGUUUGCCAUGACAGAGCGUGCGGCCUGGGUCAAGAGAUAUAGAGAUACAUUUGAACUGUUGGUGAAUGCAACAAUGGAAAAAUUGCAGGGAAAUGAAGCGGCCAAAACAUCUGGUAUGGCGGGCAUGAUGGCUGCACAGGGAUAUGCAAAUACUAUGAACAGCACAAAUCCGAAUAUAUAUCAGACCGGCGAUAAGCGACAAUACUUUGGGACUGCACCGACAGAUAUGAUCAACACCGUCGUGCCGCCGAAUAUUUCACAAAAUGCACCUGGCUUCCCUGAUUUUCCGAACUUUCCCUCUCAAGAACAACAACCGCAAGUUCAAUUCAAUUUUGAUAUAUCCGAAGAAGCCAUGCGGAUGGCCAUGGAAUUGGCGCCGUGGAUUGAUCAGGAAUUAGGUGGUGAAGGGGCCACUACAACGCCUCUAUGGAUGCCGGAUUUUGAUACUUUGCAGAAUUUGACUGGGCCAUAUCAAUACUGA